AUGGACUUGAUGGAGGCCGAGAGUAGUGUCAAGGAAAACGAGUACCAGCUGCCGCAGGAUACAGAAGAUGCAAAGUCUGUGGCAUUUCGCAUGGUGGCGCCGGAUCUGGAGGAUACUGACGACAAGAAACAAGCAACGAUGAUGGUAGAGGAUUUUUCAAAAGACCCGACUGCGGCUAAAAAAUUGUGCUUGGAAGACUCUGGAGUGGAAGAGAAUGUGAAGGAGACUGAAGCGGUGGAGGUAGCCAGCCGGGAAUGGCUCCAAACUGAUAAAUGA